AGAAAGCGUAAACAUCACUAGCUGAAGGCGAUCCCGAGAAAACAAACUGAGUUCGUCAAUAAUCAAAAGUAAAACUUUGUAUAAAAACCGUGAAUCUACUCGAUGUACACUGUCCAGAAUUUACAAUCGUAAAACAGAAUUGAUAACAAGACUUGGCUGUCAUUACCCGAAGCUCUCCUUCAAAACAAAAGAAUAAAAAACUAGCCUGAGUAUAUGUAUGAGCACUAAACAUAAAUAACAGAAAUAGGAGUAAGCCGGCUGAAACAAAAAAAAACGAUGAAAAAAUUACCAUCGAAAACAAUGCCAAAAGCCAAAAAGAUGAAUUUGGAUGAAAUGGUAGUGGUGUCGGAUGCAGAGACUGAACCCGAAUCUAAAUCUCAAACUGAACCUGAACCCAAAGGCCUACCUCCUGCUAAGAGGCCGAAAGCAAGACGAAAGAAACGAAAAACUAAGGCUGAACUGAAAGCGUUAAAUCGUGAACGGGCCAGAAAAAUCCGGGAUACAGAAAGUGCGGAGGCUCGGUCAAUCCGUUUGGAAAAGCUACGCCUGGCCCAAAGAGCUCGUUUGGAAAACGAAACUCCCAAGGAACGUGAGAGACGGUUGCAACGAGCCAAUUUCAAAAUAGCUAACCGUCAAAUAGAUGAAACGCCCAUUGGCCGGUUGGAAAGAUUGGAAAAACUGCGGGAAUAUCAACGGCGCCGUCUGGAGAAGGAAACUCCUGAAGCCAGAAAGGAACGAUUGAGGAAAAUGCGUGAAUACUCCUACCAACGUCGUGGUGUUGAUGCUUCUGAGGUGAAAAAAACAACCCGCAGCUUGAAGUUGGUAAUCAAACUGAAACCGGGGACAAAAACAGGUCCACAAAAACCAGAAAAAACAAAAAGUCGUUCGACGGGAGAAAAAUCCUUGAAUAAAACUAAGGUAACAAACGCAAAAAAUAACCAGCCGCGAAAGAAAAAGGGAUAAAUAAGCUUAGGAAUAGAAACUCACAUAAAAUAAACUGUUCAGCAUUGAAAACUUUUUUUAUUUCCUUACUGGAGAUUUUAGGUAUAUAUCAAUACGGUUUGUUCAAAAGAUGGAAUGAAAUUGAGACAAAACCUAAGAUAGCACAAAACAUGUCAACGAUUUCCUCUGUUGAAGUAUUCUCGAUCAUAAGGAAUCCUAGCAGAUCUGCAAAACACAAGAAAAAGUCACACGAACGAAGAACUUCUGUUGCUAUAAUAAACUAAAAUUAGCGAUAAGAACUUAACGAUGUGAGAGA